AUGCGGAGAACAUUGACUUCAUUUCUGCUAUUGUAUUGGUUGAAUAUUGGACAGUUAUCAAUAGCUCAGAAUAUUCCAGAUACAGAAUAUGAACAGGUCAUUGCUGAACGCUACCUGUUUGGUUCAUAUGCGAAUGAAUCAACAAGUUGGCCUGUACUCAACAAUAUCAAUUAUAUUUGGCAAGCAGCAUCAUUACCACAAUACCAUUCACAAACAUCAGAAGGCGUGUGGCUUUUAUCACAGGCUCUCAAUACUAAACCAGAUCGUGAUUUAUCAUCGGGGAUGUUUCAAAUGUCUUGGAUGUCGUUGUCAGCCAACGGUACUCUGAUCCAUUUAUCAGAGAUUCCAAUACAUAACAAUAACAGUUUUCUGGUUUCAUCACAUGACGAAAUGACUGCAUCAUCUUAUUCAGCUGCUCUAAUCACACUGAUCGAUGUACAAUUUAUAUUAUGCGAUCAAAACGAUGCAACGUCUUGUAGAAUUAUAAAAAUUGUUACGUUUCCUUCUGUUCUAUCGAAGACCACAAAGAUCAAUGAUGGAUUAUUUAUAGACGAUCUUGGACAUGCCGGAUGGUUGUACAUUGCUGCUGAUACGGGUUUACAUGGAUUGGAUCUUUUAACUAUGACGGUGUAUCCUUACGUGAACUCGAUUAAUGUUUCAGUUUCUUCAUUAGCAUGGAGUUUAAAGCACCAAACAAUAUUUGCAGGCACUCAGGCGAAACUUUGGCUUCAACAAUAUGGCAUUGGAAAUGAAGGAUGGCGAUUUGAACAUAUUAAUGCAUUCAUAGACACACCGAUUACUUCUUUGGCGUAUAAUGACGGGCAAGACAAACUAUGGAUCGGACAGAAUACAGGCAUUACUCUACUUUCACCUCUUACUAUGUCCACAGGACAACUUCAUUGGUAUUUUUCAAGACUAGCAGGACAAAUUUCGAAUCCUGGAUCGGACAUUGGACAUUUACCAUUUACAAAUAUAACAGUAUUGGCUACUAGUCAUUCGAAAUCCUUUGAUAGUCGUAUAUGGUUAGGCGCCGUUCGAGGAGUAAUGCGAUUCGAUUCAAAUGCAAGCGAAUUGGAUGCUUGGCGUGUCUUCAACAGUGCUCGGUAUAUGCCUAGUCAUCAAUCACAAGUCAAUGUCUCUUCAUUAGCCGUACUUAGUCGUCCAAAUGGUGUACCAUCUGCUUUAGGUAGUGCUGCAGUCGCAGUUACAAAUCGAGGAUUAGCUGUUCUUCGUUUCGAAAUGUGGACAUUAGCACGAAAAGCAGAUCAUUUUCAAGCAUUUUUCGAUCAACCUGGUAGACAUGAUAAAUAUGACCUCGUAUCUAGUUGUGAUAUGUCAUCAUGGGGUGAUACUCGUACUUGUGUUAAAGGACCUGAUGAUAAUGAUGGUCUUUGGACAUCGACGUAUUUAGGGAGUCAAGUCUUUCGUUAUGCACUAACGCGAGAUCCGAUGGUUAAAGCACAAGCAUGGAGAAAUUUUGAGGCUUUAGAACUGCUCAAUCAAGUUUCAGGUAUUCCUGGUUAUCCUGGACGGUCAUUUGCUAAGCGAAGCGAUUUUCCUCCAGAUCCGGCUUGGCACUCAUCUCCAAUUAAUUCAACUCUUCAAUUUAAAGGUGAUACAUCAUCGGAUGAAAUUGUCGGUCAUGAAUUCGUCUAUCCACUUGUACAUGAUUUAUUAGCUGAGAAUGACGAUGAACGUCAACGUGCAUACAUACUUUCAUAUAAAAUUACAGAUCAUAUUUUGACUCAUAAUUGGUAUUUAGUCGGUGAGAAUCAUACGCAUACAACAUGGGGUAUUUGGAAUCCGAUUCAAAUAAAUAAUGAUAGUUUUUAUCAGGAAACUCGAGGUCUCAAUAGUCUACAAAUAUUAGCUUUUCUAGUACAAACGUAUGCUUAUAGUGGAGAUGAACGUUUUCUUGCUGGUGCUAAUCUUCUUGUAGAUUCCUAUCAAUAUGAUGUCAAUCUGAUUAAUGAAAAAACAAUCGCUGUAUGUGAUAAUAGUUUUUCCGAUGAUGAGCUGGCGUAUUUAUCGUACUUUACAUUAGUGCAUGGAUUUCAUACAGUUGCUUCAUCAACUGUUUUAACUCCUGAUCAGAAACAACGUGUACAAACAUUAAUUGAUCGGUUAUCUGAAUACAUAAAAAUUGGAUUAAAUCUAUCACAUAAAUACAAACAAAUGGAAAAAUCACCUUUCUAUAAUUUCAUCUAUUGCUAUGUUAGCGGGCAAGUUAAUGAAACUCGACAAUUAUUUCGAAAACAUUCUGUUUCCUCAAGUGCAUCAUCUGACUUCGAUUGUUCAUCAUUAUCAAUGGAUGGAGUUUGGUAUCUGCGACGUUGGCCAUUAGAACUUAUCAAUUGGCAACAAUUCAAUAGUGACCGGUUAGAUGUUCUAAUCAAUGUACCAGCUGCAUGUGGUUCGUCAAAAGAAUCUUUAACUCCAUUACCACCGGAUGAACGAUCUUCUCAGUUAUGGAAUUCUGGUGUCUACGAUUUAGAUGAUGGUAAUGGAUUUCAUGAAAAAUACCCUGCUAGCUAUUUACUUAGUUACUGGGGUAUGCGUUAUUUUAAUUUAUUAGGAUAA